UGCCCGAAAAUAAUGGAACGUCAUCACUUUGUUAGUGACACGAUUCGAGAAACUCUUUACCGGAUGUACUCAAGCAGAUCUGUUGCCGGCGCCAUUUCCGGUUGUGUUCGUUCUCUUGUUCUACGAUUGGCAACGGAUUUGAACGCUUCUUUAUGGACGCCCCUUCCCAACUGAAAGUCUUCUCGGAGUACUUCGACGUAAAUGGACUGUGCGAUCGAGUGUCGACUUGCGGAGUGAGGGAUUUUCAGUCUUCGCUAUGGGAUUGCGGAGUUCGCAGUUUUCCCGCAUCAAGAUGUCCCACGAGCGUGAACCCCGUCAUCGCCCAGGCGGAUCGUCAGCGUCCGUGCGUGCUCCUCGCGGUGCCUGCAACAAAGAGAAGCGUUUGGAGUGUCCAGUGUGCGAGAAGCAGUUCGCCUUGAGAAGUCAACUAGAAACGCACCUUCGGACCCACACUGGGGGGAAGCCUUUCGAGUGCGCAGUUUGCAAACAGAAGUUCACUGUAAGUGGUAGUCUAAGAAGGCACCUUCGCGUCCACACCGGGGAGAAUCCUUUUGAGUGCCCAGUUUGCAAGACGAAGUUCAACCGAAAUGAAAAUCUUGAAGUACACCUUCGCACCCACACCGGGGAGAAGCCAUUUGAGUGCACAGUUUGCAGGCAGAGAUUCACUCAAAGUGGCAGUCUCAGAACGCACCUUCGCACCCACACCGGGGAGAAGCCAUUUGAGUGCACAGUUUGCAGGCAGAGAUUCACUCAAAGUGGAAGUCUCAGAACGCAUCUUCGGAUCCACACCGGGGAGAAGCCUUUCGAGUGCUCGGUUUGCAAAAUGAAGUUCACUGUAAGUGGAAGUCUCAGAACGCACCUUCGCACCCACACCGGGGAGAAGCCUUUCGAGUGCACAGUUUGCAAGAAGAAGUUCAAUGAAAGUGGAGAUCUUAGAAAGCACCUUCGCAUCCACACCGGGGAGAAGCCUUUCGAGUGCACAGUUUGCAGGCAGAAGUUCUCUGAUAGUGGUAAUUUCAGAAGGCACCUUCGCACCCACACCGGGGAGAAGCCUUUCGAGUGCACAGUUUGCAAGAAGAAGUUCAAUGAAAGAAGUAAUCUCAAAAAGCACCUUCGCAUCCACACCGGGGAGAAGCCUUACGAGUGCGUUUAAGUGAAGUCCACUUAAAUGCUAAAAUGCAACCUGAAGAAAGCACGAUUGUGGCACACACAGAACAGAGAUUGAGUGAAGUGCUUGCACAUGUGUUGAUUUUAUGAUGUUCUUACAUCUCACGUUAGCAGUAUUGUAUGAAAAGUUCUUCUGUGAUGAUCUUUGGAUCGCGAUUGUGCCAUUUCAAUCGGAAUUCCCACGGUCCUGCAUUGCUCGGUGCCUGGAGUGUAAUGAGGACAAGUUGACCAACGCACUCUGCUCACACUAGCGUUAAUCCUUUUAUGUUCUUAGUGGGUUCUCUUGAUCGUUUCAUGAGCACUUCUAACGCGCAGUGACACUUCGUUCCGUCUUCAGUACUGUCGUGAGCAAUCGUUUCAAACUGUCAAUGGACGACCGAAAUGUGAAUAUUUCGUGGCCUUGUGUUUUUUUUUCUGAGCAAUUGACUUUAUUGAUGCGUUAUCAGCUGCAUGUCACUAAAAGCAUAGGUCUGUUUGGUUACUGAUGUAAAAUUUACAUAUAAAAUGUUCGUGGGCAUUCAGAAUAACCAAAUGAUUUAUCUUGUUUUAUUAUUUAAAGCAUUUGCUGUGAUUAGCUUCGCUUUUACUUACUCUUCAGGCUCCUUUAUGUAACUUACUUCUAUUUAUUUCUCGCCAUGAAAGAGCCUAUGGGCUUUUAUAUGCGUCUCAGUUUAUUUAGUUUAGUUAACUGGAAAACAUUUUAUCGCCUUCUCUCUUUAACAAAGUAGAUUUGUGCCCACUGGAAUUUUUAAACGUUUUAAUUGCCCGGAUUUCAGUCUAUUUGUGACUAUGUAGACCUGCAUUGUAAUUGCUCUUUUUUGUUUUCGUAUUUUUUAUGUUUAAAAUGUGUGGGCCUGCUAAUAAAAUCUGUCUCCAUGACUCGUAA